AUGGGUAAUGAUGGAGGAAGCAUUCCCGAUAGACGGGACCUCGUCCGCAGCAAACCGAAGGCUGAACAAGCAGACAAGGCUAACCAGUCUCGUGCGAGGUGGUUCUUUUGUGCACUGUCCAAGCGCCCAUUGCAAGACCCCAUCGUCUCGUGUGCGCUCGGAAAGCUGUAUAACAAAGACUCCAUUCUCGAGUACCUCCUAGACAGGACAGCUUACGGUGACGGAGAGGAGAUCUGCGGCCACAUCCGGUCGCUGAAGGACGUGAAGACUUUGAAGCUGACUCCGAAUGCGGCGCUGGCCCCAGGGUCUGACCCUUCACCCACCCGCGCGCCCUUCGUGUGUCCGCUGAACUUUAAGGAGAUGAACGGCGCGCAGCCCUUCGUCUAUCUCGCCUCCUGCGGCUGCGUCUUCUCGCACGCGGGGCUGAAGGCUGUCUCGGGCAACACCACGCCCCCAAGGAUUGACGGCACGCGUGACGGAGAGAAGGGGAAAGAGAAGAACGAGAAAGAGGCUGCACAGGACGAUACUGGGAAGCAGUUCGACGUCUGUCCGCAGUGCGCGACCAAGUACGACCGCGCGGAGGACGUCGUGCUGCUGAACCCCGCCCCAGAGGAGGAGGUGAAGAUGCGGGAGGCGAUGGAGCGCCGGCGCGCCGCAGAGCCUGCAAAGAUGAAGAAGAAACGGAAGGCGCACCCCAACGGCGGGGACUCCGAGCGACCAGUGAAGAAGAGUUCGAAGGUGUCGCCCACGCCAAGCAUGAACCCCAGCAUCGCCGCGGCGAGCAGAGUGGUCGCGGAGAGCCUUGCGCAGGAGGAGGCAAAGCGCAAGGCGGGGAUGAGCGAAGCCGUCAAGUCGCUGUACGCCUCGAAAAACUCGACCAAAAAAGAGACGUUUAUGACAAUGGGUACCUUCACACGAUACGCUUGA